AUGCUCAGAUGUAGGGAGCCAAAUGGGAUUCGACCUCCUUCAAGAUCAACUGCAGCAAGUGUGGCAAAGAAGGCCAUAAUGCUACUACUUGUGAAUGGAGGAGGUGAUCCAAGAGGGCGAACUUCAGCAAAUCCAAGCAAACAACAAUUACAGACAAAUGGAGGAAAUAAGACAAGUGAAAUCUCAGCAAAUCAAGCACACUUUGUACCAAGAGGAAUAAAAUCAGCAAUAAAUAUGUAUGAAUCCAGUGAAUAA